AUGUUAGCAGUAGCUCUAACACUACUGGUGCUCGUCGCCCUCUACCUGUACGGUACGAGAACAUUCAGAUAUUGGGAGAAGAGAGGAAUCAAACAUGAUAAACCUAUACCAUUUUUCGGCAACAAUUAUCGCAUGUAUACCAGAACGAAGAGCAUGACACAAAUAGCUGUUGAACUUUACUGGAAGUAUCCGAAGGAGAAAGUCAUAGGAUUCUAUAGAGCGUCAGUUCCAGAAUUAGUAAUAAGGGAUGCGGAAAUAGUGAAGCGCAUUCUCAUUACAGAUUUCAGCUAUUUCCAUCUGCGGGGUAUCAACACGCAUAAAACUGUCCUAGAACCGUUAGCAAGGAAUUUGUUCUUUGCUGAUGGCGACGUUUGGAAGUUAUUACGACAACGCCUCACGCCGGCAUUCACUAGCGGAAAACUUAAAGCGAUGUUCCCCCUGGUAGUGGAACGAGCGGAGCGCAUGCAGAACCACGCAAUCAACGCCCCGCCUACAGGCCGAGUGCUGGAUGCUCGGGACUUGAUGGCGCGAUAUACCACUGACUUCAUCGGAGCGGUCGGAUUCGGUCUUGAUGCAGACUCACUUAGUAUAGAAGAUUCUUAUUUUAGAAAACUCGGAGUGCAAACUUUUACUUUUGAGGUUAGUCAGGUUAUAACGCAAAUGCUGAAGGAGAUGUUUCCUGAAACAUUCAAGCAUUUAAAGAUAAUGCGUAAGAUGGAAAGCGAUGUUAUUGCUUUUGUAAAAAGUAUAUUUCAAGAAAGAAAUUAUGAACCAUGCGGUAGAAACGACUUUGUGGAUCUUCUCCUUGAAUGUAGAAAAAAGGGAGAUAUGACCGGACAAUCUAUUGAAAAAACCAAACCUGAUGGCACACCGGAAGAAGUGUCCAUAGAGCUGACUGAUGUUCUUAUGGUUGCACAAGUAUUUGUAUUUUUCGCUGCGGGUUUCGAAACCUCCUCCUCGUCCACAAGCUUCACCUUACAUCAACUGGCAUAUCAUCCGAAAGAACAGAUUAAAGUCCAAGAAGAAAUCGAUAGAGUUUUAGCGAAGUAUAAUAAUAAACUAAGCUAUGAUGCAGUCUAUGAAAUGAACUAUCUAGAAUGCGCUUUUAAAGAAGGUAUGAGGAUGUAUCCUUCGCUGGGUCACUUAGUGAGGAAAUGCGCUCAUAAAUACAAAUUCCCAGACAUGGACCUAACAAUAGACGAGGGGGUCUCGAUACUGAUUCCUGUGCAAGCUAUGCACAAAGAUCCUCAAUACUUUGAGGACCCCGAAGAGUUUAAACCUGAACGCUUUCUAACUGACUUCAUCAAUCCAAUGACGAAGCACAUAUAUUUGCCUUUCGGUGAAGGUCCUCGAGCAUGCAUUGGUGAACGUCUGGGUAAGAUGCAGUCUUUGGCGGGUCUAGCGGCAGUGCUCUCGCGCUACUCGGUAGAACCCGCGCCGGAAACCAAACGAUACCCCGUGGUAAACCCAACAUCGAACGUGGUCCAGUCUAUCGUAGGCGGCUUGCCCUUGUUGUUUCGGCAGAGAAUUAAGUAG